AUGGCUCGCUCGCAACUCCAAUCACUUUUACUCCAGCGCGUGCCCUCCAAGAGGAUCGUUGCAGGAAAAGUCCUGGGCAUGAUCCAGAACAACGAACAGGUCACAGUCCGCUGUUCAGACGGAAAGACCUACGAAGGCGACAUCCUUAUCGCCGCCGACGGAGCCUUUAGUAACAUUCGACACUCCCUCUACUGGACCCUGGACGAAAAGAAGCAGCUCCCUAAAGCCGAUGCGACUCCAAUGUCAGUCGACCUUCACAUCAUCUCUGGCUGCACAAAACCGCUGGACCCUGCAAAGUACCCGGUCCUCCUGGAUGCAAUGAGCGAGAUCCAGUCAGUGCAACUACCUGACAAACCGUACGCGAUCUGGUUUAUGCCCCUUCUAGACAACAGGAUUGCAUGGGAUAUCACAAAGGAAGUCACCAGAACGGCUAUCCGCCAGGGCGAAGCAUCCAAAGUCUACCAAUGGCGACCGGAAGACGUCGAAGAAACACUAAAGACUGUGCGCAAUUUUGACUGCCCAUACGGAGGACAAAUCGGAGACCUCCUGGAUACCACACCGGUCGAGAAUAUGCACAUGCACAUGUCCGAGGAGAGAUUCUGCGAGACAUGGUCUGGAGCCUGUCACAAGGGUUUCUACCAUCCUGUCAGUGAAGCCAUGGUUGAUGCAGUUACACUGGUCAACUUGCUCUCGAAUUUACAGUCAGAUUCAAUGGAUAGUUUAACGACAGUUUUCAAGGAAUACAAAGAGAGACGCGCACCCACGGCUAGAGCUGUGGUGGAGCAUAGCACGCUCUUGCGCCAAGUGUUUACAGGAAAGGGACGCGCCGCAUCGCUGAAGAGAAAUGUUGUGUUCAACUAUAUGCCCGAGAAGGUCAUCGCGGAGUUCAUGGACGCCGAGUACUCGGUCAGCGUUUUCGAUGCCGUCGGCGGUCGAGCUGUGGAGGAGUCCCACCCAGUCCAAAAAGAAGAUGAUGCGGACGUGCUUGUGUCGAUUGUGGAUCCACCAACGACCAUCGCGGCAGCAGCGGCUACAGCGGUGGGGACGGCAAUCUCGGUUGAUGCAGAGGUGGCGGCUUGGUCGGCCGUUGCCGCGGCCAAAGAGAAGGAACCUGUUGGCACAAAGAAACAGGAGGAGGAGGAGGACGAAAGUGAUGAAGAGAAGAAGGAUAUGGAAAUAUUUGACGAUUCAUCGGAUGAUGAGGGCGAGUUUGUGAAUUGCAGCCAGACGUUGGAUGAUGACCUCCUUGAGUCAGAGACCCCACUCGCCGUUGUUGCUUAG